UUUUCUGCUUACUUCACCUUUGUACAUUUGUGUGUUUGUUUUAGCAUAAGAUAAAAGUCCAGCUUUGUUCUUGUCGUCUCAUUUCUUGCUGCUUGUUGGGUUGCAUUGAUUCUACAAGAAACAUGAAGUUUUAUCUGCUGUUGCUUCUCCUGCUACCUCUCUGCUCAGCUAGGUUUGACAUUGAGUGUUAUGGUCGGGACUUCCUGAUGCUUGACGACGUGCUGCACUGCAGUAGUAAAAUCCAACAGGCAUGCUACACCAGAGAUAAUGGAGAAAAAGGAUGCACUACAUUGAAGCACUGCUCUAAACCCGGAUGGACCUGCUGCCACACAAACCGCUGCAAUGCCUGAAACAGUCACAUGAAAACCUGAUCUCAUCAAACAACAUGAUGUUAAAUGAAACUGAGCAGUGGAUCUAAAAAUAUACACUUGGUGAACAUUGAAUCACGUGUUGGUGAUGUGUCGGUGUAACCCUAACCCACUUUAAUAAACUCAAAGUUGGACUCAG